CUUUCCCCACCAAUUCGUUAUUUCCCACCCCACACACACUCCCCUCUCUCUCUCUCAUGUAUUAGCGUUUCGCUUUUUCUCUCCGCCUCGUCCCAACUUUUCUCCCAACCGCCGCCACCGCCACCGCGCUUAAGUCCUAAUAGAAAACCUAUUUUUCAAAGAUCCGUACAACCCCAUCUCACCGAUUGUUUCUUCGAUUUUAAUUGAAUUAUAAGAACUCGAGGUGCCUCUCCACUGUUGCCUGUUAUUGUGUUCAGUACUUGCAAUACUUCUGGUGCAGGAAGAAAAGUUUGUUCAACUUUUUUCUUUCCCAAUUUGGAUGAUAAGUUGCUGCAAUGUUGUUAUGAAGGAAUACAUGCUACUCACGUUCAUGUUCAUUCUCUCCAGUUGCAACUAAUCAGCAAGUUUGUGUUAAAUCUACAAUAAAAUGGAUCGUUCUGAUACUUCUGGAUUUGUUAGCGGGGGUGGGAUGUUCUCUUUAAGAGACAUCUAACCCUAGUUUUGUAGCUAAUCUUCUUGACCCCAGAAGUCAGGUGUACUGUUCAAUAAUAUUGAUAUUAGGUUUGGAAAUCAAUUUGGAUUUUAGUCAUUGCUUCAUGGAGAACAAAUUCCAGAACUUGGGUUUUGCUGCUACUUGUCCAUCAAAUGCAUUCAAAAUUUUGGGUAGUUCGACGCUAGUUGGAGGACCUGUGGCUGAAUAUUGUGCAGAUACUGUCUUACGUCUUGAUUCCCCUGGUUCUUCAGUCAGUUGCACAUCUCAAUCAAAGGGAAUUAAACGAAAAUGGAAUUUUAUAGACGGAACCAUGGGUCAGCAUAUUGGCUCUUCUUUGUCUCUUGGAUUGGGCUGCUCAUCAAGUUCCUCUGACAGUAAGGGGAGCUCAGCAACUGCUUGCACUACAAUGUCUUCAGCCAAAGAAACUGAUGAGGAGUCAUCAAUAGAUCUUGAGUUGGACUUUGCCCUCCAUCUUGGCAAUGAGAAGAUGUCCAGUCCAAAGAAAUCUGCUAAUUCCAAUCUUAAAGGACUAGAAUUGCAGCCCAAAGUUGAUUUGGAGUUGAGUCUUUCUACAGGGCCUUCUGAAUCUGAUGUUACUAUCAUCUAUCCAAGCUCCACUUCUCUUGACUUUGGCAUGGAGAUGCGACAUGCUAUUUAUGGGGCUUCAAGUGUGGAUGAAGGAACAAUAUCAUGUGGUUGGAAAACAGGGAUUGCAUUACUUGCUUCGCAGGACAAAAGCUUCUUCUUCAACCAGGUUCCAAAAACUUCUGAUCCUAUUUCUGUUCUUCCAGACCUUUCAUCAAGUGUGAUAACAGCACCAGUAAGUUCAGUCACCUGUACUUCUGGGAUAACUCAGCGGCAACAGCCACAUCAACGCAGCUCUAAUUCCAAGUUGUGUGAGGUUGAGGGAUGUGGAAAGGGAGCCAGAGGUGCUUCUGGCCGCUGUAUUUCUCAUGGUGGUGGGCGAAGGUGUCAGAAACCAGGCUGCCACAAGGGAGCAGAAGGCCGGACUGUGUACUGCAAGUCCCAUGGAGGUGGUCGGAGGUGUGAGUUCCUUGGUUGCACAAAAAGUGCAGAAGGUCGCACAGAUUUUUGUAUUGCACAUGGUGGCGGUCGACGAUGCAGCAGUGAAGGUUGCACUCGAGCUGCAAGAGGGAAAUCAGGAUUGUGUAUUAGGCAUGGUGGGGGAAAGAGAUGUCAGAAAGAAAAUUGCACAAAAAGUGCUGAAGGCCUAUCUGGCCUUUGCAUUUCCCAUGGAGGCGGUCGUCGAUGCCAAUCAUUGGGAUGUACAAAAGGGGCUCAAGGUAGCACUAUGUUUUGCAAAGCACAUGGUGGUGGUAAACGCUGCACAGCUCCAGGAUGCACCAAGGGUGCUGAAGGGAGCACACCUUUUUGUAAGGGCCAUGGUGGAGGGAAAAGGUGUGCUUUCCAAGGUGGUGGUGUUUGUACGAAGAGUGUUCACGGAGGGACCAACUUCUGUGUUGCACAUGGGGGUGGCAAGAGGUGUGCUGUACCUGAGUGCACAAAGAGUGCAAGAGGGCGAACAGAUUUUUGCGUCCGUCAUGGUGGUGGAAAGAGAUGCAAGAAUGAAGGGUGUGGCAAAAGCGCCCAGGGUAGCACAGAUUUUUGCAAGGCCCAUGGUGGAGGGAAGAGAUGCUCUUGGGGCCAUCCUGGCUCAGAAUAUGGUGUCCAGCCUACUGCUCCUUGUAAUUCAUUUGCAAGGGGUAAGAAGGGUCUCUGUGCACUUCAUAGUGGCCUGGUGCAAGAUAAGAGGGUCCAUGGUGGUGCCACCUUGGGACCCAUCAUCCAGGAGCCCAAAAGUAUUCAGACUGAGAAGAUGAAAGAAGUUAUGAUUGCUGAGGAUAUGAAUGUUGAUAAUUUAGGGUCUAGUAUGGGGGCUUCAUCAAGCAAAUCAACUGAUUUGAAACAUUUUGGAGUUCCAAAUGCCCAUAUCCCUGCUGGGGAAGCAGGCAUGUCAUCAAUGCCAGUCUUUGUACCAGAAGGCAGGGUUCAUGGUGGCAGUUUGAUGGCAAUGCUGGCAGGCGAUUCCAGCGUUGGCUCAAGCAGCAACCUCGUUGUAGCUGGCAAUCCAUCAGACCCCAGAAAAACUUACAUGGUGCCUCAGAGCUGGAUGUAAGAUCUCGUCUUUCCCUUGGUUCAUUUGGCAUCUGGAAUUGGCGGAUAUUCAUAAGAUGCUUCUGCUCUCUUUAUUUGUUUGGUCUAGCGUGUUGGUGUUCUGUACUGGUUCUAAUUCAUUUGUUCAAGUGGUAAGAAAGUAUAAGAGCUUUGACCACCUUUAUGUGAUAAUUUGGAUAAAUUAAGUAGGAGGGAAUUAGAUUGUGUCAGGUCUCUGGUGUUCUUGUAAAUAUUUGCAUAUGUUAAGCAGGUCGUUGUGUAUGCAGGUUAUUACCUGUAAGGUCGGUCAGUUGUCAAACAUUUUGGCAUUAAUAAAUCUUGUGUAUUAUCUUUA